UUCACACCACCAGGCGGCGGCACGACGCACAGUAGCGCUUAACUCCGCCAUUGUUCACACAAACCGCAGAAGAAAAUCAAGAUGGUUGAUGGCCGACGAAGCGAAAACAAAAUAUAAGAUUUUUUUCUGGAAAUGUCGAUUUAGGUUGAGCUGCUGGAUGAGAUUUCGCCGUUUAAAACGUGUGUUUUGGUGGGAAAGCAGAACAGAUGACCCACUGAGUGACAUACGUCCUUCGUUGUUUUGCGGAGUAACUCGCUAAUUAGCCAGUCCGAUUUCUCGGCGCGGUCCGGUUGGAGCUUCUGUUACCAGCGGUUCUUACUUUUUGGAUUAGAAGAGAAAGCUCACUGAAAUUACUCCUUUUUUGUUUUAGUUAAUAUUAAACUUCUGCUCUCGUAACGUGAGAACAUUGAGCAUUUAGUCUGUUCGUUUGGGGCCGGUUGGUAAGCUAGCUUAGCUUGAGUAACGGGAGGUAGUUUGAACGAGCUGCCUGACCGAGCAGGUGACCCGAGAAGCGAGGGCUCCUGCUGUCAGCCUCAAAAGACUUUUCCUUUAAAAAAAGAAAGAAAAGCGGUUCCCGUCGACAUGGAGUCCAAGCAUGGUAGCAGCAAAAACCAGCCGAGCAGCAGCGGCAGCGACUCCAGCGGAGGGCCCGGAUCGCCCGCCAGCCCUGGAGCUCCCACCGGCGGUAACGCGUUCGCCAACGACGGCAGCUUCAUGGAGCUGUUCAAGAAGAAGAUGGAGGAGGAGCGGCGGAAAAGGGAGCUGCAGGAGGAAGGGAAGAGCGAAAAGAACAGUGCGGAGGCAGGACAGUCGUCUCAGGGAAAGAAGACGCUUAGCGUGACCAACUUUGUGGGCAAGCGGAGAGGCGGCGCCAAGUUGGCCCUCAAGACUGGCGUGGUUGCCAAAAAGCAGAAACUGGAUUCGGAGGCUGAGGCAGGUAAAGGAGAUGCAUGGUCAAAGUACAUGGCAGAGGUGAAAAAGUACAAAGCUCACCAGUGCGGAGAUGACGACAAAACCAGACCACUGGUCAAAUAGACUCUACUGAGCAGCAUCCCACAGGAGCAGCCACCGGACCUUCUCAAGACUGCCAGGCCAUUUGAACAUGCAGCUGACGAAAAGUCAUACGGUGUACUUUGUGAUUUGGUCAAGGGUUAUUGUUUUCAUUUUUUUUCUCCUUUUUGUUUUUCCUCAUAUUUUGAUUAUAGGUUUCCAAUUUUAGCGUGUAUGCAGUCUGUGCCAGCUGCAGUUACGUACAGUGAUUCAGAUGCCUUUUAAAAGUGUAAUUUGAGCAUUAUCAACAGUAAGAUCAUUUGUGGUGUUUGUUGUAUUUGCACUGACAUCACACCUUGCUAUUUUGUACUCCCCACCCCAUCCCACCCCACCGUGUCACCUGAAUUAAAAGAUAAAAGUAUUAAAAUGCUGAGUGAUUAUGCCCUUUAA